AUGGAGAAGAUUGAGAGGGAAACCCAAGACUUCAUGAACGUUGAAUCCUUCUCUCAGCUGCCCUUCAUCCGCCCGGCUCCUCCAGUCAACAAAGAAAAGGGCAUUAGGCUCUUCGGCAUCGAAUUCGGGGCAGGCGUCGACCCCAACCACGACUCGGAAUCGGUCGACAACAAUGUGUCUGAGAACGGGAAAGAAGAAGAGGGCAACAAGAACACCAACACCACCACAAAUAUAAGCAAGAGCAACAGCGAAAAUGGCAGCGAGAGCAGCCGGAGAUUCGAGUGCCAUUACUGCUGCAGAAACUUCCCGACUAGCCAAGCCCUCGGCGGCCACCAAAACGCACACAAAAGAGAGCGGCAGCACGCCAAACGCGAGCAUCUCCAGUCAGCUAUGGUGCAUGGAGGGCUCGUCUCCCACGACGCUGCACAAGUGUACGGCUUGAUGAAUUACAGCCGCCUUGGCUCUGCUCAUCAUCCCACAUAUCCGGCCUGGAACACUAACUACAGUUCUAGUACCACUACCACCAGUCCUAGGUUCUACGGAAUCCCCGGUGGAUCUUACGGUACUCAAACCGCGCCCAUAAACGGCAGCCCUUUGGGCUUGUGGCGGAUCCCAUCUGCUAACCCUAGUUUCAAUCGUGACCGCUCGUUGAUGAACCCGCUGGUGACGCCGUUGUUCGCCGGAGAAGAACUGAAGCCGGUUGUCAUAGGAGGGUCUGGUAAUUCCCAAAGCCGGUACGUGUAUGAAUCGAGUAGUGUGCAGCAAGACCAUGUGAGUCUGGAUCUUCAUCUGUAAUAAUUAAUCAUAUUGGAUCCAUCCAUCCAUCUUAGGGCGAAAGGAUUUGAGAUUUUUCUCUCAUCAUGUUGAGAAUUAAUUUAAUUAUAUAUAUAAUAUAUAUAUAUAUAUCUCUU